AUGCACGAGAUCUUCCUCACAGCCCUCAUUGAGGACAAAGACUUCACCUCAGCAUGCGCAGUCCUCGGCGGUCUCACAAACAUGGACCCGUGGGAAUCAAUCCAGCGCGUCCUCUACUUUCAAGGCCCCCAGCGUCCCAUGGGCAUCUCGAACCAGAGCUCUAUAGAAAAGCCCAUACGGAACAAUACUGGGUUCCUUUGGAAAGAGCUUCAUCAGAACUUGACCCGACAAUCCUUCAUAUUGCAAACGCGAUAUGAUGUACUCAAAGAUCGCGACAUGGGAGCCAAUGCGUCGCCGAUGGACCUGGAUGCGACGCAGGGUAUCUUGAGAUGGACGGAUUUUCCUGAUCCGCCGCGUGGACAGCCUUUGCUUACCCAGCGGAAGAAGGUUGAGCUUUGGGAUCAGAAGAAGUUGCCUUCAGUUAUGCGCGACAAUAACCACAUAUUCAAGACGGAAACAAUUGAAGAGGUCUACCGCUUCUACAGAGAUGACAUCGAGUUCUGUCUAACACGCCACUACUUCCUCCAACCUCUAGAACACUACACCCCCAUGGAAACAAAACAGCAAGCAACCAUCCCAAUGGGCAGUCUACCGCCUUGGGAGUCUCUCACUCCAGUGGAUCAGCAGAAACGAUGGUUUCUCCAGGUCAAGGCACAUGUUGUCCAGGAUAACAAACCGGACGAGAUUCGCAAGGCUCAGGAUCAACUACUAGCUGUGCGAAGAGAGCUCGAUGGAGUUUUCGAGUUCCGGGGUAUUGAUCGCAAGGUUCACGAUACCAGGGUUAUGCAACAGAUGCAGGGGGUUCAGCAGUUGCCGCAGAAGUUUACGGUUGGGAAGUAGAAUGUCCACAAGCAGAAGAAGCCGCGCGUGCGGUAUUGAAGAUUGCCCACUUCCCGCAUGUUGACGGGGCACUGAUUGCAUCUGGGGUAGAGAACAUGGGGCACGUGGCAUCCGAUGAUGUCUAACUCAAUUAAUAGAUGAUACCCGGUAUGACAGACGUUCGGUAGCCGACCUAUCACUACUUUCCGAUCGCAUCAAGCCUUUCAUGCGCUAUAUCCCAAA